AUGCGCACCUCAUAUGGUGGGUUCUCGUUGCAUCCCCCAUCCUCCGCCACCUCCCCCUCUGCUGCUGCUGCUGCUGCUGCUGCUGCUGCUGCUGGGGCAUCGGAAGCGCCUCAAGGUUCAGAAGCAGCGGAGCGAGGUGUGCAGGGCAGCCCCCGUGUGUGCCUGCACCUGGGUCUCACGGAUUACAAAAGCCUCAUCACGACCAACCUCUGCUCCGACUGGCGAAACUUCCUUGCGCCUUCCUUCUCCGGCAGCACUUUUGCCAAGCGCCUCAAAAUAGCUGAGGGGACGGGCAGGGGUGGGGCAGGAGGAGCCGACGGGGUGGCUGAUGAAGGGGAGAGCGUUGAGGGGGCAUGCAGGGACGAAGGCGUGGGAGGGGGUUCCAGGGAGUGUGGUGCUGGCAGGGAUGUUACUGUGAUGGCGCAGGAUGGUGAUGAGCCUGGCAAUGCUGCUCCUGCUGCCACUGCUUCCGCUGCUGCUACUGAUUCCCAAGAAUGCCACCAUCCCAAAGAGUCUGGUGAACGUAUGGCUGCCUGUGCCACGUGUCAGCAGGCCAUAGGCCAGCGAGACGUGCAAGCAUGUCAGCAUAUGGGGGACGCACUGGGAAAUGCGGCCCUGGUGGUGACGGCUGAUGGGUGCUUCCUGCUGCUGCAGCGCGGCACGGCUGUGGGCGAAUUCCCAAACUGCCCAGUUUUCCCUGGAGGACACCCGGAGAUGUUUGAAGGCAUGAAGCGAGAGGUAGAAGAGGAGACCGGCGCCCCUGCCGACUCCCUUGUAAGCUCUCCUCCUCACACUCCUCACCCUCUUCUCACACUCUCUCUUUCACUUUCUCAAUCGCUCGCUCCUUCCCCUUUUGCGCGUGCCUCCCCCUCCUCAUCGCCCUCUCUUCUCAACGCCACCAUCGCGCAUGAGAUGUUUGAAGGCAUGAAGGGAGAGGUGGAGGAGGAGACAGGCGCCCCUGCUAACUCCCUGGUGAGCUUUCCUCCUCACACUCACUCUCACCUUCUCUCGUCUGCCACUUGUCUUUUCUUCGUAACACAUGCUCCUCACCCACUGCGUAUUCCCAUACACUUGGCUCUUCAUGUCCCACACCUUGUCUUCCCCCUCCUCUCCCCCCCAGCACGGCAUGCUCUUCCUUGGUCUGUGCAGGCGCAAGGAGAACAUGCGAUCGCUCGCCAUGUUCCUCUGCCACACUGCACCACCCAUACAAAUGGCUGUUCAUGUUCCCCACCUUGUCUCCCCCCUCCCUUCUCCUUCUCUCCCCAGCACGGCAUGCUAUUCCUGGGCUUGUGCAGGCGAAGGGAGAACGUGCGGUCCCUCGCCAUGUUCCUCUGCCACACCUCCCUCACAGCACCAGAGGUGCUCUCUUGCUACGCCUCUGCACAGCACAAGUUCGAAUCUACCAGCCUCAGAGCCGUGCCAUUGGGCCAUUCCACUGGUAUGCCGCUGGUACUUGUGGGUGAUGCCAUGUGGGUGAUGCCAUGUGGGUCAUGA